AUGAACACUGAACAAGUACAUCAUAUUUCUAAGCAACAAUUUAUGCAAAUCCGAGUUGAUUUUGUAAGACACGUGGACGAUAUCGAAUCGUUUUUAGAUGAAGCUUUAUCCAAUGGUUUAUUGAUUGAGGGACAUAGAAAUGAAAUAAUGUCCCAAAGAAAUCCUGACGACCAAAUACGAAAGUUACAUGAUUAUAUAUUUAAGAAACUUCCAUAUGAUUCAGAUAAAUUGAUGUCAGCCUUGAAAAAGUCGAAACAUAUUAAGAUAUUUGAUCUUUUAGACGAACAGACAGCCUACCCGAUGAAGUUCAAACCACAUGGUCGUGUUAUAUUAAUAAAUAAUGUGAAAUUUGACGAUGAGGAGACAUACAAGGAAAGGCAUGGAAGCGAAAAGGAUGUGGAGGGUAUUACGAAACUUUUCACUGAUUUCAAUUUCGAUGUUCAUCCUCAUCCUAAUAAAACAGCGAAAGAAAUGAAAAUAAUAAUUGAAGAAGCAACUUCAAAAAGUACAUCAGGUGAAGAUUGUUUUGUUAUGUUCUUGAUGUCACAUGGUAUUAUAGGGAAUAUUGUUGGAACUGAUGGUAAGGAAUUAUCCUAUUCCACUAUUAAUACAAUUCUAAAGGAGAGUUCUCAGCUGAAAGACAAACCAAAACUCAUUUAUAUAAAUGCCUGUCAAGCCAAAUCUGAAAAAGAAGAUGUCAAGCAAUAUUUCGAUGUUGCAGACCUUCAUGUUACUUUUGCCACUGUUCCAGAAAGCCUGGCUUACCGAAGUAGCAAGAGAGGCAGUCUUUUCAUCGAAAGUCUACUCACUGUCUAUAAAAAUAACAAAGAAAAAUGUUCCACACCAACCAAUCAGUUCAUGCCUGCAGACUAA